AUGGAGAUAGAAGCGCCGGGAGGGUCCGAAUCGUUCACGGAGGAUGACAUCCAGAACUUGUCACUACAACAGGUUUUUUGUAUAAUUCCUGGUCGCAUUUGGAAUGGCUCAAAAGGUCGUCCUGCGGUUCAAAGAAGCCUUUUUCCUUCGGUAGCCCCUUCAAACUCUCAUGUUGGCCAGUAACACCCGCGGAUGCUAUAGCUGUUUCACGGCUGGCUUGAGCAAUCGAAAAAAUGGUCCUGGCACGAAAAUGCACGAGAUAGCGUCUACCUCGUGGAGAACGCAGACAGGACACGCCCCUUAGCUUCCCAAGCUGGCCCUGCAUCAGCUAUACCGUUGGUUACUCGAUUACCCCCAACCCCCGAGCACCCAAAAACCAAUUUUUUUAGCCGCGCAUAGACCCCCCCUCAAGUACAGCGGAUCUAGGCAAGUGCCCCCCCUUAAAUCCAGGCGAUCACCCGAAACGUCUAAAAACACCGGGUGAUCGGGCAGUAGCACCCCUUUCCCAAAACUAUGGCGUAAUAGGCCAACUAGUGCAUCAGAGAAGUUGCUGCAACCCCUUCAGCCAUUCUCCAUGCGACCAGAAUAAUCAAUCGGAAGGGCUACAAAACUACAAUUUUUCAGAUAGACCUGCCCGAACAGGACGCCGAGACGGCCUCCAUAAUGGAGAGCGACGAAACGGUCUUGGACCGAUUGGCCUGCCUACCGUAUCAGGCCUUUGUCCUUUCCGAAUAUGGAAGGCCCAUUUUCGUUAAGUGAGUUUUGGAGAGAGAUGUACUGACCUCUGGGAACUUCUUUUGGGUAAUUAAAAUUUGUUUCGGCAUCAUUCUCUUCGUCGAACUUUGAGGGAAAAAGUCUGAAAAUAAAAAAAAAAUUUUUCGGUUUUUCUGCUUCAAUAUUUGUUUCAUUUUAUGUUUGUAACUUGCAAUAUUCCCUGGUUAUCCACUAGUUCAAAAUUUGAGCGAAGUAACCGAAAAAUCGACUGGCCAAGCGCUUAGAACACGUACUCUCUGAAUUGGAGCGCCAAAUGGGCGCCACAACUCUUUCACUGACAUACACUAUUUUGUCGUUAUCUCGCAGCUAGAUAACGACGAAAUAGUGUGUGUCAGAGAAAGAGUUGUGGCGCCAAUUUGGCGCUCCACAUCAGAGCUGUACCUUGGAAGGAAGUGGAGUGGAUUCAACUUGAGAUUAAUAGAGGAAAAUAAUCGAACUUCUGUUUUUUUUUUUUUCAGUAGUGGUAAUGAAGAACAACUGUGCUCCUUAUUCGCCGUCAUCGGAAUCUUCGUCUCUCGGGUCAAACUCUGGGGCGACGAGCUGAUGACCAUCACCUCUAAGGAUCGACAAAUUCAGUUCCUGCACAGAACGCCGUUGAUUUUGUGCAUUGGUUAGCUGUGAACGGGCUUGUGCGUCGGGCCGGCCCGGCUCGGGUUUCGGGCUCACGCUCUUGAUAUUUAAAUGAAAAAUGAAGCCGAAACGGGGUUUUGGUCCUAGACAAGUCUGACAUUGGACGGGCAGAAAAAUUGAGAUUUGGGCCCGCUUAAGCCUCGUAAGACUGACGGGCCAGCCCUCGCACAAGACUGGCUCUAUAAAGCUUCGAUGAACCAACUAUCAAAUUUUUUAAGUAUCGAAGUACGGUGAGAAGCUCGACGAACAGCUGGAAGUGCUUUUCGAGCAAAUCGUCUCCACACUUUCGAGAGCACAGCUCGAAAGUGUCUACCGUAAGAAAGGGGAUAAUUACGAUUUGAGGAGGUUGCUCCGUGGAACUGACAGGUUUGUCAUAGAAAGGCAUACUCGGGCAAAGUCGGAAUGGUGGAUAAUGGCCGCUAAAAGGCUCAAAAAAGGCAGCAAAACGGGAGCAAAAAGGCAGCAAAGAGGGUCCCUUUGUUGAGCCUUCCAUCUUUUCUGGGAUUUCAAAGGCUGGAAAAAGGGAGAGGCACCAAAAAUGGUGCAUAAGAAUCGAAAAAAUGGCGCAAAAAGGCAGAAAAAAGAAACUUUUCUAUGAAGCCUUCCAGCAGCCUUUAGGAACCCACGGAGGGCCCUUCCGACUUUGCCUAUGUUUUUAGAACCUUUUUUAAAAUUUUUCCCCUUUUCACAGGUCAUCCGAAGUCUAAAAACGAAACGACCGCAUUUUACAGAUUAAUCGAGUCGUCGGUGUCCUCCUGGCGCGGCACGCUCUCUUCCAUUCACUCGGCUAUUUCGGUUCUACCCAUGAACCCAGGGGAUCGGGAAUUUCUCUCCGCGACCAUGUCUGGCUGCUUAGGUGCCGCCAAGCUUGAUGUAAGGUAUUCGAGGUGUACUGUAGUUCAGUGACGCCAUGAAGAUUUAAAAAAAUUAAAUAUUUUUUUUUGAGAUAGGUGGAAAGACUGUAGAUGACGUUAAUUUUAAUUUAAAUUGCUGUAAGUUUAUUAGGAGGUACUUUAGUGGUUUAGUGACGUCAUGAGCGUCUUUAAACAUUUUUUUUCUAUGACGGCAUGUGUUUUUUUCACAAGGAAGUGUACUGAGAGGGAGGGAUAGUCAGAUUUCAAACUGAGAAGUUAUAACGGGAGAGAGUUGGAGCGGCCAGAAGAGACGGCAGAGAGAUAAAGUAAUUUUGCUUCUCUGGCGUCUCUUCAGUGGCCCCUGAUCUCUCGCUUUUGUCUUUUUAGUUUCACUGCGUUCUCAACCAUAUUUUUCACGCUUCCCAAGCUUAGAAGUUCGCUCCACCGAAUGAAGCUUUUGAUUGGCUGGCCACGCCUCUUUUUUAACUUUUUAGGCCAAUUAGAAGCAUUCCUUGAAGUGAAGAACUUGUACGGAGACUUUAGUAACUUUCAAAAUUUUUGAAAAAUCAAUUUCAAGUCAUUUAUUUUGUCGUUUUAGUCAGAUGUAAUCGUCUUGAUUUGCCUAAUUUGAAGAUGAUAGUUUUUUUUUUCAGGGCGCCUUAUUCGGUGUCAUGGUCGCCCAUAGACAAAUCGCGUCUUACGUGCGAUUUAAGGUGGAUUUUGGGAGUUAAAAUUCAAUUAAAAAUUUUUUUUUGCUGUAGAACUACGUGAUGCACCCGAGAGACAUGAAUAUCGUGAUAAAUUUGGUUUCGGACAAGUCUUUGCAAGUCGCCGAGGCGCAGACUUGGACACCCAUUUGUCUGCCGCAUUUCAAUGAUACGUGAGUUUAGGUUGAUUUAUGGAAAUUAUCGAUUUUUGCACAAGUUUAAGUCAAAUAUUGUGAUUUAGAGCCUUUUUUCUACACUUUUCUUAUUGAAAAUGAAGAUUUUGAAACUUUCAUUUUUGAAUUUUUUCGGCUGUCUUUUUUGGCCUUUUUCACUUUCUUUCGAUCUCAGAAAUGUUCAUUAUUUGAUAUUCAAGCUUCAAUUUUCCUAUGAAAGCCAGAGGGGUCGCUAUAAGGAUCAAGAGAAAAAAGGCCCUACAGUGGACGAAAUAGUGCUCCCUAGAGGGAAAAAGCUCAGGCGGUCCCUGUAGAAACUCAGGUUCUGACAAAAGUCAGUGAGGUAUUGGAACAUGUAAGGGUUGUCUUCCGUAGAUUUUUCCUUUUUGGUUCCAUAUAUUUUUUUGGUUCCAUAUAUAAUUUACUAUAUAGUAAAUUAGAUCUUCUUUGGAACGCCAGAGUGGUCACUAUAGGGGAUAGGAGAGAAAAAAUCCAGUGGACAAAGUGAUUUCAAUAUGCUACGGUGUGAACCCUAAGCCCCUAACGCUCGAGCAGUCCCUUUAGUGGUCUUUUUACUGACUUGAAAGUUAAACAGACCUAUAGGGACCACUAGCAGUGAUCCUCUAGAGUGGCCACUUUUGCAAGCUUUAGGAACCCCUAUAGGGAAAGGAAAGGAAAGGUGAGCCCCUUGAGUACCCAAGGCUGCCCCUAUAAUGACCACUCUUAUAUAUGGAAUGUGCAUGACUGGUGACCACCAACCCCCACACUUCUACCUCCCCCCCUUUUUUUUUGUCGUUUUUCUUGCCAAGUCCUCUCCCCGAGACUAUCCCAUGUAUGACCACUAUGAAAAUGAUUAAAAAGCUUUUUUGCACAAGACUCCCUAGGGCUCCUAAAGCUUGCAGAAGUGGCCACUCUAGGGAGCAUGCUGCUGGUUAUUUGCUAUAUUUUGGAUUUAAGUCAUGAAAAAAAAAAAAAUUUUUUUCAGAGGCUUCUUCUACGCUUAUAUCGCUUAUCCAUGGGAAGCCAAGGGGAUUCCAGCGUGUUUGGUACUGUUAUCAGUGAAAAGGGACCACUUUGAUGGUCUCAAUGAGGUAAAAAAAUUUUUAAAAUUUAAAAAAAUAACGGAGCUUAAGGUCAAAAAAAGAAUAUUGUUCAAAAAAAUUGGAAGCGAACGCGAAAUUUUUUUCGGCAAUUUUUCGACAGCCGUCGUCAAGCCGAACCUUUUUGCCAUUUCUCAGGUUUUUUCCUAUCAAAAUUGUUAAAUGUGAAUUCAAAACAUAAAUUUUGAAUUUCAGAUAGGUUCAAAUAGCGAAUCGCUGUGGUCAUUCGUGUACCGGAACCAUUUAUCGAAACAAGUUUGCAUUUCGGCUUCAAAGUGAGUUUUUAUGCAGAUUUCGAAUUUUUCAAAAAUUCGCUUUCCUACGUAGAUUCUCCUUGAACAAAAAAAAAUGGGUUUUUUAAUCUUAGAAUCGCCAGAGUGAUCCCUAGAAGGGCAGCCUUAGUGACCACACCCCUUUAUGGGGCACUGAAGCUUGCAUAAGUGGUGACUCUAGGGGAGCUUUCUAAAAUUCCCCGGUAUUACAAUGAAACUUUCAAGCUCUACUUGAAGACCACUUAAGGGACCACUUAAGCUUAAGGAGAGUUAGAGGUCAGAAUCUUGAACCCUUUAGGGGCCACUUCGGCGUUUCUCGUUUCUAGAAGUAACGGCAGAUUGGACUGAAAACUUUUUCACUACUCUUUUUCUCUAAACCUCUUCUUUUAUAGCAUUUUUUGGAUGAAAGAGAGGUAAAAAAAAUCCUUGAGGUCAAAAAAGAGGGAGUAUUGCUCGAAUUUUACAUAAAAACUAAACUUCUUUCAAAAAAUUCAAACUUUUUUGCAAUUCCAUGUACAAUCUCUUUAAUGUGACUAUUUUUAAUUUUUCGGAUUUCGGUUACAGUAAUCCACAAAAGGGGCGGAGCCUGUCAAAACCUUAGCUAAAGUUCUCAGUAGCUUAUGUAGUUGUUGUGAUAAAAGUAUGAGCUCGAAAAAGGUAACAUGAAUUAGGUACCCACUGACUUUUUUACUCGAAAGAUCUUCAGAAUUCCGUUAAUUUCCCGGGAAGAACGCUGGGACUCGAGAAGCGAUUUGAGAAAAGCCGACGCUUUGGUUUCUAAAGAAGGCCAUCUUCGAACCCUUUUUGUUCGCAACACGAAGAACAGCCUCUUGAUUUGGGUUGGUUGGCGGGAUUUUUUGGGCCAGCUCGGGCCGGUUUAGAGGCCAAAUAUCAACCUAGUUUACAACAGAAACAUUUUUCUGCUUCAAAAUUGAGCAGAAAUGCUGGUUUCAAAAGCAAUAAUACUUCUUUUUCGUGAAAUGUUACAGUUCAAGUCCGCCUUCGCGACUUGAAAGGCGGGACUUCUCUGGGCCCUCCUUAUCUUUCGACGUCUCUCUCAUGUUUACGUGCUAUUUCCAUAUUUCUCUGACCUUGCCGUGGAGGGAACAGAGAGACGCAGACAUGCGAAACAAAAAAAACGUUUCUCAUUCAAAAAGACGUCAAAUUCGAAAAAAAAAAUACAAAAAGUAAGGCCCAAAGCUCAAACCGGGCUGGCCCGGGCCAGACAACCCUGAGAAGAACUGACAACUUGCCAAGUUUGGUCUCCUAGGUGACGGACAAGUUCUCGCUGCAGUGCGUCUUCGGGCCGUUCGUCUCGGCGAUCGUCGCCUUCACCGUCGUCGACAAGCUUCUGAAGAGCCUCAAAAGCCACGAACAGCGAUAUUUCAUCAUCCAUACGCCUUCUUUUUGA